UGUACUCAAUGUGUACCUAUUUAACACAUGAUUUUGACAUAUUUAUUAUGUCAUCCUCUCAUGAGAUUUUUUUGUGUUACCCGUAAUUACUGUAGUUUUUAUUAUAAUCCAAAGCUCUACAACACUUACCUGAAUGUCUCAAUUUACUAGAAAAAUCAUUCAAAUUCGAAAGAAUAUUAAAGCUGCCGUAUUAAUAUCUAUUAUUAACCCGUUAUCUAGACAUUUAAACAAAUCUUCAAUUGUAUUGCAUCUCAAUAAUGUUCCUAAGGGUCCAAUAGGCACAUUAUUUAGCAAGAAAUAUUUAGCAGCUACUAAUAUUGUGAGUACAGCUAUUUUGAUGUUGAUGGGUGAUAUUGGAAGACAAGAGAUGGAAUACCAACAGAAACUAAUAGAAAAGCGCUAUGAUUGGGCAAGAGCUGCUAGAAUGUUUACAGUGGCUUUAGUUUUAGUAGGACCCAUUGGUCAUUACUACUAUUCAUGGCUGGCAAGAACAUGGCCUCAAAGGUCAGUACAAAUUGUAAUGUUUAAAAUAAUAUUCGAUCAAUUCGUCAUAUCUCCAGUAAACAUUACUGCAUUCUUUUUCGGAAUGAGCGCUCUAGAAAUGAAAAAUUUCUUUGAAGCUGUUCAGGAACUUCGAGAAAAAUUCAUAACUAUAUAUACAGUUUCUACUUUAAUUUCAAGGAAUAUAUCAAAGUCUCCAAAAUCACCUAACAUCGGAAGGUCACCAUUUACAGUAAUUUUCAGUAAAAAGUAUUUAUUAACUACAAAUAUCCUAAGCUCGGGAAUAUUGAUGUUCGUUGGUGAUCUUGCACAACAAGAGAUCGAAUAUCGUCAGCAAAUAUUAGAAAAACGAUACGACUAUGGAAGAUUAACGCGAAUGUUUUUAGUAGGAAUAGCUUUAGGACCAAUUCAUCAUUAUUAUUACGUAUGGCUUGCCAAAAAGUGGCCGCAGAGAACGUCGAAAAUUAUAACAUGGAAAAUAUUACUCGAUCAAUUCAUUAUGUCCCCAAUAUGCAUUGCUGCCUUCUUUUUUGGUAUGAGUGCUUUAGAAAUGAAAAACUUUGUAGAAGCUAGUGAGGAGUUAAAAGAAAAGUUUAUACCUAUAUACACAGUAAGCUAG